AUGUUUCUUCUCUUCAUUAGGAUUGCUUUCCUUACCGGUGUUCAACAAAACUAUGCUCGAAAAUAUACCAUACCCAUCGAUCUUCUUGGAUUCAACUACGAAGUAAUGGAUGACAAAGAACCUAGCAAAGCACCUGAUGAUGGAGCGUACAUCAAAGGUCUAUUUCUCGAAGGUGCCCGCUACGAUCGUAAGACACGUAAACUUGCAGAAUCUCAGCCAAAGAUUUUGUUCGAUACCAUGCCUGUCAUAUGGAUUUGUCCAGCUAAACGUGACGAAUUACAACAAAUUCCAUCGUAUACAUCACCUGUUUACAAAACAACCGAACGUCGUGGUGUGUUGUCAACAACAGGUCAUAGUACAAACUUUGUGAUAGCAAUGAAGCUUCCAUCUGAUAAAUCUGAAGAACAUUGGAUAGGACGUGGUGUAGCUAUGAUAUGUCAAUUGGAUAACUAA